AGUUAUUGACAUUAUACUAUCCCAAAUAUAGGCUUCAGGCCUUUUUUUUUAAAUAUUUAAAUUUUUAAAUUUUUAAAUUUUUAGUUUCUCUUGCAACCAGUGCAUAGUUAUGGCUUCAUUGGAAUCAGUUCUUGUUGCCGCCGUGGUGCAUCUCUUCUUUCGCUUUGCCUUGUAUAUAACGCCACAAGCGGAGGUGACUACGCCCGGUCAUGCACUGCCCUCGAUCGUUGUCUGUGCGGCACUAUUGGAUGUCAUCUACGACAUUCGCAUUGUGCCACUAGGCAUGUACAUGCGCCCCAGGCUCAUCAAAUGCAUUGCCGAAUGCUUUGUGGCGAUCUUCAUAGUGGAGGUGGGCAUGCUGGUAUUCUGGCAGUCAUUGGAGCAUGUCGUUUUUAUGCUGGCCAAGUCACUGCUGCUGGGCAUGAAGCUGGUUUCACCUGAGUACUACUAUGACCAUGAGGCAACUUUAAUUGGCGCCUUCACAUUGCCGAUAUCUCUUAUAAUUCUGGCCUCUGUGGUCGUCUACAGCAAUCACAUGGCCAAGCUGCGUGCUCGUUAUAUGGCGCGGGAGAUGCAGGUACACCUGCAGCUGGAUAAUACCGUCAACUUCCUGAGCCGCUCCAAUCGUUUCAAGGACUCCAAAUGUCGGAAGAUACUGGAUUCAUAUAAUUCGAAUGCAAAGCGCAGUCGAAAUCCCAAGUGGAUGGUUUACUUUCCAGAUGAGUAGCGCACAGCUUUUAGUUUUUAAAUU